AUGAGUGUUGUAACUUGGAAUGUUAGAGGGAUGAAUAAAACGUAUAAGCAGAAAGAAGUAAAGGAGUUUGUUAGAAUAAAUAAUAAAGCUGUAAUAGCUAUAGUAGAGCACAGAGUUAAAGACUUGAAAGCCAAUGAAAUAAUCAAAAAGAUAGCUCCAGGAUGGGAAUGGGUCUCUAAUGCUAGAACAGGACAAAAAGGAAGAAUAUGGGUAGUAUGGGAUCCUAGAAUAUACAUCUUUGAUCCUAGGGAAAUUGAUGAACAGCUUAUUCAUGGGCAGAUUAGCAUGAAGUCAAAGCCAGUUAAGUUUGGGUUCACAGCAGUAUAUGGGCUACAUACCAUCAAAGAUAGGAAACCUUUGUGGGAUAAGCUGAGGCAGAUUAAUAGCAAUCAACAACGUCCCUGGCUGGCAAUGGGUGAUUUUAAUGCAGUACUUCAUGUAACAGAUAGACAGCAUGGAUCAGAAGUGCAGGACAUGAAAGUGAAAGACUUCAAGGAGUACAUGAUGGAUACAGGUAUGAAUGAAUUACAAUCUGUAUUAGAGCCACUAAUAUCUGACCAUUCUCCUCUGAAGCUGAUGAUCACACAGGGGCAUACAAAGAAAAGCAGACCAUUCAGAUUCGUUAACUGUAUUGAUGAUCAUCCUCUCUUUAUCCAACAAGUUGAAAAGGCUUGGAAGGAGGGAAAGGAAGCUGGUAAAAUGCAAACAGUCUGGCAUAAACUAAAGAGAACUAAGAAGCUUGUCAAGGAUCUAAAUACAAAGCAUUACAAAGGACUGGAAGGAAAAAUUAAAGAGGCAAGGAAAGAGUUGCAAACAAUACAGGAAGACAUGAGCAAUAGAAUGCAAGACACUGAGCUAAUUGAGAAAGAGAAGAUACUGAAGCAGGAAUUAGAAAAGUGGGUGCAGAUUGAGGAAAGUGUCUACAAACAGAAAUCAAGGGUGCAAUGGCUGAAACUGGGAGACUCCAAUUCAGGAUACUUCUUUGCACAGAUGAAGCAUAGGAACAGUACAAAUGGAAUUCAAAUUCUAACAGAUGAUAUGGGAAGGCAGUUAGUUCUAGAUGAUGAAAUAGAGGCAGAAGUCCUUGGUUACUACAGGAAACUACUAGGGUCAAAAGAUGAUUCCAUUCCAGCUAUCAAUCCUAAUGUAAUCAAAAUGGGAACUACAUUAAGUAGAGAACAACAAAUGCACCUGAUCAGACAAGUCACUAAGGAAGAAAUAGGAGAGGCAUUGAAAGAGAUUAAUGAUCUGAAGGCUCUAGGAUAUGAUGGAUUCAAUGCAGUAUUUUUCAAAAAGGCAUGGGUAGUAUAG